UUGGGGAGACACAUUGCGGAAGUAGAAGAAAGGCAAGACGAAGUGGUUCCAGGCUAGCCAGUUGUACGAUGUCAUUUUAACGGCAUGUUCUUGCAUUAUGUUGCGUGACAGUAAUUUAUUUUACUGGUGCUAAUAUUUCUACUGUGGAGUUUCACCACUCGGUCAGUUUUUUUUUUAGCGAGUCUUCGAAGCAAAGGUCAAAGAACUGAUUUUAGCAACUAGCUAAGUAACGUAAGCCACAAUCGAACAGCUGAUGCAUGUGGUGCUGCAGAAGACAGUUCUUUUUCAAAUAUCAACAACAGGUACUGUUGUACGCGGAGUCAAACUUUUGUUAGAUGGCAACCCGACAACCCUUCCCGGACUCAGACACUGCAGACGAAGCGGUGAGAUCUACCUGUGACGAUGCAACGAUAUCGAAAAGAUAUGCAACCAGCAAAGGCUACUGGACGGACCCUUAUGUCCAGUAUUUUGUAAGGUCAGUAGGGGAACGAAAGGCUCCAGAGAUCAACAGAGGUUAUUAUGCCCGUGUGCAGGGAAUGAACCACCUGCUGGAUGCCUUCCUCAGGAAAACAAAAUGUGACUGUCAGAUAGUAAACCUGGGGGCAGGCUUGGACACUACCUUCUGGAGAUUAAAGGAUGAAAACCUCAUGCCUAGAAAAUACUUUGAAGUCGAUUUUCCAAUGAUUGUUGCCAGGAAAAUACACAACAUAAAGACAAAACCACCACUUUCAAAACCUCUAAUCGAGACCCACUCCACGGACUCACUAUUACUAGACGGCCACUGUCUGGACUCUGACAGAUUCUGCAUCAUCGGUACCGACCUGAGGGACAUCCCAGGCCUAGAGGAAAAACUAAAGAAGUUUCACCUCAAUCCAGAGUUGCCUACGUUGUUCCUAUCAGAGUGUGUGCUGGUCUACCUGACUCCGGAACAGUCGUCUAAGCUCGUGAACUGGGCCUCAGAUACCUUCCACACAGCCAUGUUCAUUAAUUAUGAGCAGGUAAACAUGACGGAUCGUUUUGGCCAGGUAAUGAUUGAGAAUCUGCAGCGUCGUCAAUGUAACCUGGCAGGAGUGGAAGUGUGUCAGUCUCUGGAAACCCAGAAAGAGCGCUUCCUGAAGACGGGCUGGGAGAAUGCUGACGCUCUGGACAUGAUGACUGUGUACAGUGUUCUACCCCAGGAUGAUGUGGCAAGAAUAGAGCGUCUGGAGUUUUUGGAUGAGAAAGAACUGCUACAGCAGCUCCUCCAACACUACAGUAUCUGCUGGGCCACCAAGGACAAGCUGAAGUUAGGACUCUCCCAAGUGGCUUUCUGAACCUGAACUGGUCCGCCUGUCUUAAGCCUUUUCCUCUGUGCCAUGAUUUACUCCACCAGGGGACUCCAGUCCUGUUUGUCUGUGGGAAACACCUGGUGUUAGAAUUUGGCUUAAUGUUUUCCCUUUGCAUUGCGCUGUUUACAAGCAUGUUUCUGUCAGUGAGAAGGGAUGCAUGAUAUUAACGACAGAACACUGCAGAGAACUUCAUUUCAUUGAGUCAAGUUGUCCAAGAUGGCACUGUGUGUUUCUAUUGUAUAUUCAGACAAGAACUGCAGAGUUGUACACACUAGUGUCCUUUAGGGUUUUUAAAGAUGCUUUAAUUACUUGUAUGUUAUUAGGAUCCCUUGUUGCCACUAUUGUUGUGAUUAUAUAUUUUUUUGUGCUGCAGUAUUUAUUAAGAAUUUAGAAAUGUAUUGGCAAGACAUAUUUUCUUAUGUAUAGAAAUGAAUUCAAUGAAUGUACUUGAACAGAUUCAUUUGAUUCCAUUAUGACAAUUCUGGAAUUGCACUAGCAGUAGAUACAUUUGCAUGUAACAAAUAUUCUUGUCUUAAAGAAAUCCCCAAGUCAUGCAUGUUUGAUCAGAGGAGCGCUUUUUCAAUUCUUACAAGCGAUACAUCUGUACCAAUGACAUACUAAUGCAGUAUGAAUAAAGCUGUUAAUAUUUGUGUAUAAAGUGCUUAACUCCAUAAUUUCUGCUACAUUGCAGUCCAUGAAAAUAAAAAAAAUUCAAACU